AAUAGCAUCUCUCGCACUGACAGUUGAGGCCUUUUCAGACAACAUGAGAUGUGAUUCUCAGAAUAAUAUCUAUGUUGUUUCCCCACCUUUAUCUUUUUUUAGUAUACUAUGUAUGUUUUAACAGUUGAGAGGGACAGGAUUAGUGAUCCCAACACUUAUAACCUUUUUCCCUCUCCAUGCAACUUUUUUUUGCUGCUGAGGAGCACUUCCUCUUGCUUGAAGCUUCCAACAAACCAAUGCCUCCUCAAGUUUUCUUUUAUUCCCCAACACAAAGCUCUCUUUUUCUCUCUUCUAUGCAAGAAACCUCUGAUUCUUCAUGCCUUUUUUAUAUAAGCUUGAGGCAGAGGUUCACAACAACCCUCUUGCUCAACAAAACAGAUCCAUCCCUGCAAAAGAGAAGAAGAAACCUAUACCAUGGCAAGAUUCAUGAAGACAAGAACACUUGCCAAUGCCAUGUUCCUUCUCCUCUUUGUUUUUGUCAUCUCAGAUGCAAGCAUUGCAGAAAACCAAGAAGGAAGAAACCUAGACUACCAAGAAGACGAAUCCUUCUUUUCGCCUCUUACGGUAGCCACUGAGAGAAACAACAGCCAAGGUGAUAUUCCUAUCGUGAAUCCCACAACACCCGGUACGAGUCCAAUCGUAAACCCGAACGGCCCGUCACCGCCAUUCACUGGCGGAGGAAUCGGGCCGAUUCCAACCACUCCGACGGGACCGACCCCGACUUUUCCAGCAGGACCAACUCCAACUGUUCCAACAGGGCCGACCCCAACUUUUCCAGCAGGACCCACCCCGACUGCUCCAACCGGACCGAUGCCAACCACUCCGACUGGACCAACGCCGACAACGUCAGGAGGAGGCUCGUGGUGCAUUGCCAGUCCCUCUGCUUCCCAGACUGCUCUACAGGUGGCACUGGACUAUGCUUGCGGCUAUGGUGGAACAGAUUGUUCAGCACUUCAACAGGGUGGGAGUUGCUAUGAGCCGAACACGGUUCACGACCACGCAUCCUACGCCUUCAACAACUACUACCAGAAAAACCCAGCUCCUACCAGCUGUGUUUUUGGAGGAGCAGCACAACUCACAAAUACUGACCCAAGUCAUGGAAGCUGCAAAUUCGCAUCUUCAUCCAGCACUCCGACAACACCACAAACACCACCAACCAUGAUGACCCCUAUAAUUCCUAUGACACCAAUGACACCAACAGUUCCAAUGACACCACCCAGCACUACUACAACAGGAGGAAAUGGUGGUUUCGACUCAACAGGCAACGAUUAUGGUUCAGAACCGACGGGAACCCCCAGUCGAGCAGGAACCAUAUCUGCCAACCUAGUACUAUUCAUCACCAUGAUCUGUCUCAUGUUGUCAGUUACAGUAGCCAACCAUUUCUAGACAAGCUGAGAUCAAAUUGGUUACCAUCUCCCAUAUGAGAUGGCAAUCGCUUGGAAGCUUCAAAGAUAUGCAAAAUUUUGGGGCGGAGGGGGAUUACGUUAUACAAAGCUCAAGGUCCUAUGCUCUCAGAUAGUGUAGGAAGAAAAGAGGGAGUAGAAACCAUGUUGCACGAGUCCUAGAUAGAUAACUAUAUUUCUACAGUUAAUAACAUUUCUAUACAAGAAUACAUGCUCUAGGCUAGUUUUAGUAAAACCAUGUGUAAUAUUCAGAUCCUAUGGAUGACCAGCCAGGAUGAAUAAUAUAUAUUCAUCAAUAUCUAUGUUUACUA